CAUAAAUUCUAUACGAACUCAACACGUCGGUGGCAACAUACGAUAUUUUAUUUUAAUAUCCUAUGGGCGGCGUGUCACAGCGGAAAUAAAGAUAUUGAUGAAUUUAUACAAAAAUCACAAUGUGGUUUAGGUAAAAUUUAUUCGGCUGACUGGUCUAAAGGAUACAUUUACUAUUGGGAUACUGAAUAUCAAAAAUGGAGUAGAUAUAGUGUCAAAGUUGCAUUAAAAAGUUUAGAUGAUUCAUCUGACAUAAAUUCAGAAUUUUUAAAUGAGAUUAAAUCUUAUAUUUCAGAUCAUUUUACAUUUAUUGUUAAAUGUUUUGGAAUAACUCAAGAUCCAAAUACUAAAGAUUAUAUGAUGGUUUUAGAAUAUUGUAUUUUAAGACGUAUUACAAGAGGACUUUUAAAUAUACAUAAUGCUGGAUUAAUUCAUAAAGAUUUUCAUUCAGGUAAUAUAUUAUUUAAUAAUUCAGUUUAUCCGAUGAUUAGUGAUUUGGGAAUGUGUCAACCAACAAAUAAUAAAAAGCAAGAAGGAGUUUAUGGAGUAUUACCUUAUAUGGCACCAGAAGUUUUAUGCGGAUAUCAGUAUACAAAAGCAGCAGAUAUUUACUCAUUCGGAAUAAUAAUGAAUGAAUAUAUGUCAGAAAAUAUUCCUUAUGUUGAUAUUCCUCAUGAUCAUAUUUUGGCUGUCAAAAUAUGUAAAGGAUUCAGGCCAGAAAUUCCUAAAGUUAUACCAAAAUUAAUUACAGAUUUAAUUAUCAAAUGUUGGGACUCUAAAGCAGAAAAUAGACCAACUGCUAAAGAAUUAUAUCAAAGUCUGGGAAAAUUGCAUGAUGGAACACCUAAUGAUCAUAUAUUUAAUAAUACAGAAAAUUCAUAUAAUGAAACUAAUAAUAAAGAAGAUAAUUAUUAUUUUCAAGUAAAAAAAUGUGAUAUAAUUAGAGAGAAGAAAUUAAGAAGCAAUUUUAAGAAAAAUAAGGAAAAUAUUGCUAAAAAUGUUCAAACACAUCCACAAGCAAUUUAUACUAGUAGACUUUUAAAUUUCGAAAAUCUUCCAAAACCUGUAAAUUCAACAUUUCAAGUUUCACAAUGUUUGGAUUGCGAAUUAGAUGAAUUAGAUCUCAAUCAAGAUGACGAUCAGAUUCAAGAAGACGAUAAUUAA